UUUCAUACAUCCGACUUGAACUUUUGAGAUCAAUUAAAUCUUAUUGAUGUGCCUGUAAACUUUUGAGUAUUUACUGAACAGUAAGGAGAGUAUUGAAAGAACCGAAAAGAAUCAAAACCGGCUAAAAAGCAAUUGACCUGAUUUUAUGUGUUCAUUCAUUCUUCCUACAGAUUCAGAACAACAAAUAAUAAUGUCUACUACUCUUGCAACUUCAAUGUCAAUGGUGAACCCAAUUAAUCUACGAAACGGUGUUGUUUCUUUCUUCUUCCGUCACCAUACGUCUAGAUUCUUCUGUAGAUGCUCUCAGAGUAAAUACUCUCAGCUUCCUUCAGAAUUCACUGAUACUUUCUCUAAAAGUAUGCAAAUGGCUGCCCUUAAACCCCAUCAUCGUAUUGCUAUUGGGGUCUCUGGUGGUGCUGAUAGUAUGGCCUUGUGUGCCCUAAUGGCACAUUGGAAGACUUUUUCCAGAAACAGCGGUUAUGACAGCUCUGGCUUUGUUGAGGGCUUACUUGCUAUUAUUGUUGACCAUGGGCUUCGGCCAGAGAGUAAAGAAGAAGCUGAAACAGUUUCUCAUUGGGUUUCUGAUAUGGGAAUCAGGUAUGAGAUUGUGCAUUGUGACUGGCCUGAUGGUCAGCCAAAGGUGGGGCACUUGGAAGAAGAUGCUCGUGAUUUGAGGUACAAAAUAUUCCAAGAUGUUUGCUUGCAGAACCAGAUUGGUGUACUACUUACUGCACACCAUGCUGAUGAUCAGGCUGAAUUGUUUAUCCUGAGGCUGUCUCGCAACAGUGGAGUGCUUGGACUUGCAGGAAUGGCAUCAACAUCUCAGUUAUUUCCCAAAUAUCCUUAUUUUAUUAGCAAUUCUUCAGACAGUCAAGGCAUUCUAUUGGUACGACCACUUAUGGAAUUCAGCAAAGAGGAUCUAUACAAGAUAUGUGUUACCAAUAAUCAUAGAUGGGUGGAAGAUCCCACAAAUCGAAGUUCGUUAUUUGCGCGAAACAGGAUACGUACGGCACUUCAAGAUUUGAAAACCUGUGGUUUCAGGUCUGAACUACAAGAACUGAUUGCUAUAUGUCGGCGAACACGGUUGUAUGUUGAUCGUAUGUGUCAAGUUAUGUUGGAUCAAGCGGUUACCAUAAUGCCUCAUGGAUAUGCUGUUAUUGACCUGGAAAGCUUAAACCCAUCAAAAAGAGACGACAUCUGCCUGUCGAGGUUUUUAGCCGUAAUCUUGCAGUUUAUCUCGCAGAGGCAUAGGCCAGUACGUGGAAGUGCAUCAAGGCUGCUACUGGAUUAUAUACGAACCGUUCCUUGCAAGACCUCAUUCACAGCAUCUGGUUGUUAUCUCUGCACAGCUCCUCGCACUAAAGGGGCAAAAGUUAUUGUCUGUUGCUCAGUUCAAUCCACUAUCCCUGGUAAAAUAGAAUUGAAUUCCACGUGUGUUGGCCAAGGGCGGAAGCAAUGCUUUUUGUACGAUGUUGAGCGAAUCGUGAGUGAUCAAAAAUCUCAGUUGGAACACAUGGUGCCUGACCCUUCACAUGUUUGUUUUUUGGAUGUCGUAUCUCCAAACUCCGUCCUAGAUGAAGCAAGAAGACUUGAAAUGAUUUGCGAGUCAACUUAUGACUCCAUAUUACGGUUACAGAUAACAGAGAAAGAGUUGUUCCAUUCCAAGUCUGAUGUUACUUUCAGCAGCGAGUUAAAAAAUAAAGUGGAAUCGGGGCAUUUAGAAGAAGCAUUCAGACCAGGGCAAAGCUGUUACUUUAUGAGCAGAUUCCUCUUCACGUGGAUGCCAAAUCAGGAAUUUCAUUCAUCCUGCAACACUUUGGAAGAUUGCAAGAAAACUCGGCAUGAGCAUUGCAGCGUGUGCAUGGCUGCCAACAUGGUAGCUUACAUUCGUCAUAUGAUUGAGGAAGACUGGCUGUUCCUGGCAAAAUUGUCGAAGGCUGAGAAUUUAUUUGAAUUUAAACAUCAGAAAUUCAUGCUUUAUGAUGAAAAGGAGCAAAUGAUCAACGAUAUAAGGUUUUUUUCUAAGUAUGCAAGGUCGUCAGCACAAGACGCUAUUAAAACCUUGAAAUCGAUUCCUGUUGCUGCUCGAAGAGCUUUACCUGUUGUAGUCAGCGUGGAAGGGUUCCUGUUAAGCAUUCCAAGCAUUGGUUUCAAAUAUUGUCCUUCAUUGGAAAUAUCAGCAGAAUUCAGGCCAAGAGUUCCACUUGGUGGAGGACAUACUUCUUUUGCUUAGUUAGCUGAUCUUUGAUUCCGGGAAGGGAGGAAUGUUUCGACAGAUUUUCUGGCUUCGGAUAUGUAAGUGAUUUUGUAUCACUCAUUCUCUUUAGCAUUUUGAAAAUGCAUUUUUGUUAAUGAAAACGGAAACUCAUAUUUUGCUUUUACGUAACAAGUGUUUGUUUGUGAUAUUUAGAAAGAUAAUUGAAUUUAUAGAGUUUUUAAAGAGAAGUAAAAUUGUAACUUCAUUAAAAAAAAGUGACGACACAAUGGAAAUAACAUUUCAUUUAUGUAUCAUUAAUUAUAGACCCACUAGUAGUUAUCAUAUGAACAUUAAAUUUUUGUCAUGAAAUUUUUUUUAUCAUAUUAUGGAGGAUGAAUUCUAUUUUAACAUUUGACUUGGAUUCAAUCAUUUAUAGGCAAUUAUGUGUUCAAUCUUUCAUCGCCAUUAUUUGGUUUUCGGUUUUUGCUUUUACAAAAUCAAAUCCAAACCUAAUUAGUUUAGUUUUUAAAUUUCAAAUCCAAAUUCGAACUUAAUUUUAAUAAUUACCAAACUAUUUUUUAUUUGGUUUGGAUUAGAUUAAUUUGCAGUUUAAUCCAAAUAGCUUUCACCUUUAUUUAGAAAAGAAGCAAUUAACAACUUUUUAUAUUGCAUGAUUAGCACAUCAUGGGUAGUAAACAGUUUCAUCAAUAAUUUAGAGGUAAAAAGAAGAGAAUUAUUAAGCCACCAACACAAGCCCCCUUGAUAGGAGGGCAGCUGGGAUAUUGGUGUAAUUUAAGUUGCUUUCCAUUUGGCCAUUUGACCGAAGUUGCUGCCGAUUCGGCCGAAUGAUGCAUUCGACUGAAUGGGUUGGUAAUUCGCCCAAGACAGCAGGCUGCCAAAGUUUCUUGCUUAAGCUGUUGCUGCCUUUGAUCGAAGCUAAAGGGCCUUUGACUGAAUGUACCCCAAUUCAACCGAAUGAGCUACAAUUCGGCCAUAACAACAACUUUGAAGAUUUGCUAAGGGUUGGCAUUGGCUUCUUUGAUCAAAUGGAGCUGGGGUUCGGUUGAAUCAGUAUGGUAUCUAGCAUUCUUGCAUCUUUGAGGCAUCAAGGGGCUUUCGAGCUUAGUGUGGAUUCCUGGAAAAUUUCGAUUUGUGUGCCAAAGUCUCAAACACAUGAAAAUUGACCUCGCUGCCUUCGAAACACUUGAAAUAACCACAAAAAAACUCAAAGACAAGAACAUGAUAAAAUUACGCAUAAUGUGCAUAAUAACAAUCGAAAAAUACGAGACUCGAAACAAUAAAGGAGUCGUCAACAUUUUCUUACUAGCCAACUGUAAAAUAAAGUAUUCCUUUCACUUUUUAGUUUUGCUUUAUAUAUAUAAUUUUGAUCCAUUCCACAUAGUCCACGAGAUUAUCUAUUUUAGACGUAAUACCAUCUAUAAUAUCGGCUAUAUCGCAUUAAAAUUAUACUUGUCAAGUCAGCUGAUAGGUCGGGUUUUGGGUGGGGUCAUUCUCAAUCGGAUCAACUUUAAAUAAAGUCAAUUUGAUAUAGGGUGUUUCGAUUCGGGAAUAGGUUUGAGUCAAUCCAAUGGAUUAAGUUGGAAAUAAUUAUUUUGUUGUCUUUGUUUUUUUCCAAAUAAAUAGUUUCCCAAUUAUUGCAACUAUAACUAGUUAGUCUUCUGUGAGACUGUCUCACAUGUUUGACCAGCUUAAUUCGUUUAAAAAAAUAUUUUAACGAAAAUAAUAAAUUUGAGUUGUUAUUUAUAGUUUAUGUUGAUGAAGGUGACACAAAUUUAGAGUCUUGUCAUGGUUUUGGUUGAAUCAAGAAAGGGUUGAAACGUGUGGGAAAUUGGUUACUUAAUUAUACUCUCAGUUUUAAUUUUUUAUGAGUUGUAGAGUCAAUAUGAUUUUUUGAGGUAAAGUCUGGUGUUCAACUCUUAUUUAAUUUUUUUUUUCCUAAGCCUACUCUCGAAUAAAAAAAAUCAUUUUCCAACUUUAUUUGCUCAACAUUGGUGAUAAAAUUUAUAUAUUUUUUUAACCAUGAUUUUGGGCUAAUCAGGCAAUAAUGAAGUUAAUGAGUAAAUUUCUGUAUCAAGUGGUACUGGCCAGAGUCAUUUUAAUCGUUUUCAUCUACGUCAUUGAUCAUUUUGUAAUUGCUUUUGUUUGUGGUGAUGAUUGAGUUUAAUUAAUUGAAUUUAAGUCAAAAGUUGAAUAGCAUAUACCCUAUGAUACUCCUAUUUGAUCAUAAAUUUAUUUAUUAAAUUUAUUAUUGACUAUAAAUGUUUGAUAUGACAAUGGGUCGGACUCGGCUCGGAUUAUUCAUCAUCCGACUUUGCUCCAGAUAAGACUCGGAUUAUGUUUUUCAGUCAACUUCCACUCGGAGUCGGAUUAUGCAUACUCCAACUUUGCUC